ACCCCGGAUUCAAUCGCAGGCAAGAAGCGUAAGCGGUCCGAAGUUGAGGUCGAGGGCAAGGAUCCAGCCUUAACUGCGGUCAGCGAGGAAAUCCCAGUGCCUGGCGAUGAAGCCCCGCUCUCUCACAAGCAGCUUCGUAAAGCUAAAAAGAGCUUUUUGAACACAAAUGGAGAAGACGUGCAGAGGGACGAAAAAUUCAGUAAAGGUUCGAAAGCAGAUGUAACGGAAAAGCCCGUACGACAGAACUCGGUCUGGGUUGGCAAUCUCGCAUUUAAGACCUCGGAGUCCGACAUCAAGGAGUUCUUUUCGAAAUGCGGGACGGUCACUCGGGUGCACAUGCCUCGAAAGACGACGGCUGGAUCAAGUGGAGGGAUGCGCGGACAGAAUAUGGGUUUUGCUUAUGUUGAUUUCGAUACAACUGAGAGCCGGGAUAAGGCGGUCAAGCUCAGCGAGAGCCCCCUACACGGGAGGAAGUUGUUGAUUAAAGAUGGAAACGACUAUCGCGGCAGGCCCACUGCCGCACAAAAGGCUGCUGAAGAAGAGGACCCGACGAGCUCGAAGCCUAACAUGACCAAGACCGCUCAGAAACUCCUGAAGUCCCAAAAGCACCCUCCGUGUCCCACGCUUUUCAUGGGAAAUCUUGGAUUUGAGACCACAAAGGAGACGAUCACAGAAAUGUUGGAAGGUCAUCAUAAAACUGCGCAUGCACCGGCGAAGGGGGUGAAUGAUGACGAGCAGGAGACGAAGGGCGAACAGGAGACGAAAAAGGAGGACAUGCUGGAACUUGGACUGCGAAAGGUCCGGCUGGGGACAUUUGAAGAUAGCGGUAUGUGCAAAGGAUGGGCGUUCUUGGACUUUCACACGACUGCACAAGCACAGGCUGUCCUCAUCAAUUCUCGCAACCACCAUCUCAAUGGACGUAAGCUCGUCCUCGAGUUCGCCUCUGCUGACGCACUGCGCCGAGGCGGCCAUCCGUCCGCUUUCCCUUCACACAGCAAGGAACAGGAGGCAACACAUGGGACGAGCAAGAGGAUCGGAGCCGGGAAGAGUCCAGGAUAUAAGAAGGGUAAGAGAGAACAGGGUCAUGCUGGCGAUGAAAGUCACGUCGUAGAGGAAGACGUGCCGAGUGCCUUCCCAUCUGCGUCAGAGGAGACCGAACAGCCGGCGAAGCGACAGAAAAUAGCUCGCGAGCGCCCCGCGGCUGAUAUGACUCGAGGAGGGAAGGACAGGCCAGUGAGGCGGCUCAAGCCUGGAGCUGCUUUAGCUCUUGCCAAGCAGAAUGUCGCCAAAACAGGCGCGAUUGUUGCUAGCCAGGGGAAGAAGAUCACUUUUUGAUAGGGAUCAGAUGGGAGACUGAAUGUGGAGAUUGGCGUAUAUCAUUAAUCAGUUGUGAAUCUCGUAGCAGAUGAGACUCUUAAUGAAACCUUCGACGCUGCCUCAACGAGUUCAUGAUUCUCCGGCCUGCUCCUCACCAUCAUCCUCCUCCAGCUCCCCAAUCUGCCACU